AUGGAGCAAUUCGAGUUCCAUGAUCCCGCAGCACGCUCCACCUGGCGGCAGUGCUCACCAGGCAUUGAGGAGUUGAUUCUGAACGAGGACAAAGCAACUGGCCGCAAAACACUACUCCAGCGAUGGCAGCCUGGCGCAACAAAUCCGGCUUCAAGUCCUUUUGUGCACACAUUCAUUGAGGAGGUCUAUAUCGUGGAGGGCGAUCUUACGGAUAAGACAUUGAGUCAGACGUUUUACAAGGGCAUGUAUGCAUACCGCAAUCCAGGCAUGGAACAUGGGCCGUGGUCUUCAGAGCGUGGAUGCCUGAUGUUUGUCACUUGCACGGCAGUGGAUAGUACAAUCAUUACAAGUAGUAGUUAA